AGAACUUGUAUCAGACAGCUGUUCCAUGCGCCAUGGUCUACACCCUGAUCGCAGAAAAGAGUUUGUCCUGACCGGGUUUAGACUCAGAAAGCAGAAGACAGAUCGUAAAUCGUUUGGUUAACAGGAUUACUUUAUUAUUACAGAAGUUAUUUAUUAUUAGAAGCUGAAUUGGUGUGCGCUUUGACACGGAAUAGAGAAUGGCUGCUAUCCGAAAGAAGCUGGUGGUGGUCGGGGACGGAGCCUGCGGUAAAACGUGUCUCCUGAUCGUCUUCAGCAAGGACGAGUUCCCCGAGGUUUACGUCCCCACGGUGUUUGAGAAUUAUGUGGCAGACAUCGAAGUGGACAGCAAGCAAGUGGAGCUGGCCCUGUGGGACACUGCGGGUCAGGAAGACUACGAUCGCCUGCGCCCUCUGUCCUACCCUGAUACGGACGUGAUCCUCAUGUGCUUUUCAGUGGACAGUCCUGAUUCUCUGGAGAACAUCCCGGAAAAGUGGGUGCCCGAGGUCAAGCACUUCUGCCCUAACGUGCCGAUCAUCCUGGUGGCGAAUAAGAAGGACUUGCGCAAUGAUGAAAACGUGCGCAACGAGCUGGCGCGUAUGAAACAGGAGCCGGUAAAGGCGGAGGACGGGCGCGCCAUGGCGGUGCGCAUCGGGGCUUACGAGUACCUCGAGUGCUCAGCUAAAACCAAAGAGGGGGUGCGGGAGGUGUUCGAGACUGCCACCCGAGCUGCACUGCAGAAAAGAACAAGACCCUCUGCUGGGUGCACCCAGUGCUGCAAACUUCUCUGAACUGGCUUUGCUGGACAAUAGAAAUGCCGAGAAUUGCAAGCCGCCCAUGUGCCACACGCACACCAAGAGGACGCAGAGUACUGCUGCGGUAAAUGAAAAAAAGGGCGAGUUGACUGUCUUUGUGAGGUUGGUUUUUAAAAAGCCAGUUCAGAAUGGGGGGUUUCAGUUUCCCACAUGCCCUCACGAAUACAGAUGGGAUUGGGUGGCUCCAGCAGACCUAAGAGAAGUCAGACACUAAAGAAGUCAUGGUCAACUGAACUACUAAAUUUACGCUUUAUGCUGGCACAUGCACACAAGUUGUGUUUUUAGUGCACAACAGGGUGACACUCCUGCAAAAGCUUCGUUGCAUUAAAACCCCUCAUGCAUCCUCUUCUUCUUCUUCCUCAGCCUUUGUCCCGUUCGGUUGUGGGGUCGGCUCUCGGCGGAUCAUGAUCCGCAUUGAUUUGGCACAAUUUUUACGCCGGAUGCCCUUCCUGACACAACCCUCCCCAUUUUAUCCGGGCUUGGGACCACCACUACAAUGCACUGGUUCGUGCAUCUAGCAGCUAGGUAUCUAUAGGACAAUUCAGUGUUUCCAAAUAACCUGGCUGCAUGUUUUUGGACUGUGGGAGGAAACCGGAGCACCCGGAGGAAACCCACGCGGACACGGGGAGAACAUGCAAACUCCGCACAGAAAGGGCCCGGACCGCUCCACCUGGGCGAUCGAACCCAGGACCUUCUUGCCACCGUGCCGCCUUCAGAAAACCCCUCAUGCAUCAGUCUGAUGAAUGGACGGAGGGGGAUGGGAAGAGGAUCAGGACUUCAGGAUCAGGGCUGUUUUCAUGUGUUGCAAAAAUCACAUUGCUAUGAAUAUCACAUUGCUAUAAAUAUCUACUGUGCAUUCGGGAUACACAAGACGGCCUGGUCAUAAUAUAUUCUAUUUUAUUUUGCACUGAUUACAAUGCAGUCAAUUUGCAUAAACUGUCACCCCAAUUAUUUUAUACUUAGGCCUAUAGGAAUAUAUUUUUACAGAUGUUUCAGAUAUGACAUACUUGGAAAAUAUCUUUUUUGAUAGAUAAAUAAAUAAAUUGUGCAAAUUACAUGAUGACUUACAGUCUUGUGCAAAAGUUUGGAAACUACUGAUGUCCAUGUUGUUGAUUUGUAUUAAUGAAACUAAGAUAAAUCCUCCACAGGGACAAACAUCUGCACAUUAAGUGCACAUUUAGAGUUUUUAUUAUUAUUUAUAUUUUUCCAGUGUGUAAAAUCUGUCAAAUAAAUAGAAAUUUGUUUCUUAAACCUGGAAAAAAAAAACAUGGACUCUGAGCAGGGGUGCACAAACUUUUACAUAAGACUGUACUUAAAGGCCGCUAAAGUAUAAUCUGUGUGGAAAUCACUGGUUGUUUUGCAAAAGUAUGGAAAAUAAUAGUGUUGAACACACCACACCUGGGUGAUUAUAGUCAGCGCCCCACUGCAACAAAAGAAAUACAGAUGAACACUUUUCAAAAAAGUACAUAUAAUUUAUGACAAUGAUCAAGUUUUGUUUUGUGGUAAAUAACACAAAUGACUGAUUAGGACGAUGUUUACACAUGCUAUUUCUGUGGUACAUUAGGUUCACUUUUAAUUUUUUUUGUUCAUGUGAUAAGAUCAAGUUUAAGGAAACUUGGAAAAAGCAAGUAUUCAACAUUUAUCAAGAUCUUGUUUUACAGAACAAAAAAUUGGAAUGUUUACUGUAAAUAUAAUUGUGUUGUUGCUUUAUGUAUAUGUUGACGAGCUAUGAGCCUUAUGUCCUUUUUGGAAACCUUGUGGUUUUAAAUGUAUGACUGGUUUUACAGUAAUAAAACAUUGAAAUUGUAUUGAAAACAUAAA